AUGCUCAGAGCCUUUGAUGAGCUGUGCAUCGAAUUUGCGAAGCGUGCUGGGGCCUUCAACUCUUGGUUCGAAAAUGUCGAAGAAAAUUUGACUGAUCCAAUCACAUCAGGAAGCGUCCAGGAAGUCGAAAAACGAUUCCUCGAUCACGACAAGGAUGUCCGCGAAGUCAAAAGCGAGGAAGCCUCACUUGUCAAGCUUCGACUUCUUGACGAAAAAAUCCGAACAGAGGCAAAGAUCGAGGAUAACCCAUACACUUGGUAUCAGAUGGGCGAGCUUGAGAGCAUUUGGGACAUGACGGGAACGAGAUUGACCGAGCGCAUGAAAGAUUUGGAAGAUGAAAAAACCCGGCAAGUUCGAUUCGACGAGAUGCGAAAACAGUUCGCCGACUUCGCAAAUAGAUUCGCUGAGUUCAUCAAUUCCAUUCGCAAUAAACUCCACAGUAACGCUCAUGAAACUCUCGAGGAGCAGCUUCACAAUGUUAUUGAUCAAGAAAACGCAAUCAGAGCUGGCAAACGGGACCUAGACCUGAUUGAAAAGCUCAACGCCACAAUGGAGCAAGAACUGAUCUUCGACAACGAGUACACUAAACACUCGGCUCUUGGACUCUCGCAAAGCUGGGACGGAGUCAUUCAGAUGUGCCAGCGGAUGCAGCGCUCGCUCAAGCAGCAGAUUGAAGCUCGAUCAAAGACUGGAAUCUCUGAAGAGCGAAUUCAGGAAUGGCGUGAGUGUUUCGAGCAUUUCGACGUCGAUAACACUGGUCUUCUCGACUUUAUUGGAAUGAAAUCGCUCUUCCGCUCAUUGGGUAUUGAUUUGGCGCUCAAGGAUGGAGACCAAGAGUCUGAUGAUUUCCUUGAAAUACUCGCGCAGAUGAAUCUCAGCUGUGAAUCUGCAGUUUCCAAGGACGAAUUUAUCUCAUACAUGAUCACUCGUGAGACAACCCAGGUUCGCGGGAAAGAGGACAUCUUCGUUGCUUUCAAGGCGAUUGCUGAUCCUGAGAAGCCUUACAUCACCGAAAAGGAACUUCGAUCUAACCUUACUUCCGAGCAAGCAAAGUACUGUCUUCGUAUUAUGCCGCUUUACAAAGGCGCUGAUGCUCCUAUGAAUGAAAACACACUCGACUACCACAAAUUCGUCAACGAAUACUUCAAAUAA